AUGCGGGCCAGGAAACGCCUCUGCUGCCCGGCCGAACCGUUUGAGAUUGCCAACGGCCAAGACGCGGCCGUGCUGCCAAGCCUACACUUCGACUUGCCGAGCCAGCGCGUCGCCGGAGAGACAAAGUCAGCGCUGCAGAUGCUGCGCUCCUCAUUCCCGUCGGACAAGUUCUUGGCCGGCUUUCCAGCUAUCGCCAUGAGGCACCAGCUCUACGCCAUGGUCCAGAACAGAGUAGACGUCGACAACGCGUUGUUGGGGCCGCACGAAACAGAUGCAGCAGUGCUGUUUACAGAGGACUACCUCAUUUAUGUGCGGCAGCGGAGUGGACAUAAUCCCGCAGUAGAGAAGUUCCUGGAAAAGGUUGUCAUGCGAUCCCAGAACAUCAGCUGCAGCCACACUUCUUUGGCCAUGGAGUACAGUCUGUGCGAUAACGAAAUCAGUGAACUGGAGCACUUGGGACUGCUGGUGCCACGUGGAAUUGGCAGCGAUGGCUACCACUGGUGGCUCGGCGUUCCUGGCGCAGUCUGCUUCCUGAGGACACUCGCCCGCGGCCGCGUUGCCCUCCUCCAGAUGCUCCGAAGGUCCAAGCACCAAGAGCUGUCACGUGCCGAACUGGAAAGUCAGCGGUUACCCCGUGGGACCAAGCUGGCUAUUGGGCAUUUCAUCUACGAUGCCAUAGGGGCCAACCUCGUGACUUGCGUGAAGACAACGUCUGGAGAUGUGCUCAGGCUGAGGGAGUGA